AUGCUUGGAAAGCGAAGUCUAAAUAAGGAAGUCAAAAAUUACUUGCCAAUAUACUCGAACUUUAAAAUACCUAAUUUAAUCAUUAACUUAUUAAUCAGAAUAGCAAAGGAAAAAGACGGAAAUACAAAAGUUGUGGUUAUCAAAGCACUCCGUGCUCCUUUCCUCUCUCCAGCUGCAGCUAAAUACACAUUACGUGAAUUGACUUUACUUUCUACAUUAAAACAUCCUAAUUUAAUUUCUUUAUAUGAUAUAAGAAUUCCAACAAAAAUAAAACCUUUAAAGAAAUUUGAUGAAUUACAUUUUGUAACGGAAUAUUUUGGAAAAACUUUAAGUGAGAGAAUUUCUGAAAAGAAAAGACUACAAAAAGUUUGGACACAUCAAGAACUUUCCUAUUGUAUAAUGCAAAUACUUUGUGGGGCUAAAUAUUUACAUGAAUCGGGAAUCGUUCAUAGAGAUUUAAAACCAACAAAUAUUGUAAUGAAUGAAAGGGGUAAUGUUAAAAUUCUUGAUUAUGGUAUUGCUAGAGAUAUUUUACCAGAAAAUUUAACUCCAGAUGCAGGUACACCUUUCUAUCGAGCACCAGAAUUAUUUCUUGGAAUAAAUAGUUAUGACAAAAAAGUAGAUAUAUGGUCAAUUGGUUGUAUUUUUGCUGAAUUAAUUUCUGGUAAAAUUCUCUUUACUGGAAUAACUUUAUCUAGUCAAUGGAAGCAAUUUAUUGAAUUACUUGGAAGUUCUCCUUCAGAUUUGGAAUUUAUUAAAACACUAAAUCUUAAAAAAACACAACGAACAGUUAUUGAUAAUAUUGAAGAACGUCCUCCAAUUGAUUGGGAACGUUUUAUUCCCGAUGGAGCCAUUCCUAAAUUAAUUAGUGAAUUUCUUACAAGUAAGAUUGGAAAAUAUAUUUUUUGUCUAUUGUUUCAAAUACGCAUUUUUAAUACACCUAUAGUUAAUGUCUCAGGAAUUUGA